ACAAAUUACAUUUGUCACAUGUCACAACACAGAAAAAUGUAUUUUGAUUAAUGUGAGAUUCGUAGGAUUUAUAAAUAAAGAUAUUUUGCAAAAAGAACAAAGAAAUGAAAUCAUAAUUAAGUCUGUAUACUAAUAUAUAGUGCCAUAAUAAAAAAAUGAAUAUAUCAGAGUUAUCCAAAAAUACCAUUAACCUGGUCUCAGAGAUUCCAAAUGACUAUAGAAAUAAGAUAUUAAAAUUGGUAUUCUCCUCAUAUCUGUUAACAGAACAGGAAAGAACGAAAACUGUUCUUAAUUUAUCAAGAGAUAUAAGUAUUCCUAAAGAAGACCUAGAAGAAAUUUUAGGUGUAUAUUUGAUGUUUGUUACACUUUUUUUGCGAUUUGAUGAUAACGAAUUUGUUGAGCGGUUAACGGAAAUUGGAUUUUCUCCAGAAUUUAUAGAAAAUUUGCCAUUAAUAGGAAAUCGAGAAAGCAUUAUAGAGAAUUUAAGAAGGAGCUAUACUGAAACUUUUGGAAAGCUAUCUUUAUUUCGGUGGAGAAUUGAUAUCAGUUUAAGUAAUAGUGAUUUAGUUAAAGUUCCCAAUGUUGUGGUGUUAUCAAUAACGUUAUCAAACAGAAAGAAGUAUACCAUAGAGCUGGAUCCAACAACAUUCCAUAAAUUGAGAUACAGUGUCUCGUUCCUUUUAAAUCAAUUAAAUUCGCUAAGAUCAAACAAAUGAUUUUAUAAAAAUGUUAAAAUAAAAAAGAAAAACCAAAUAUUGUAUAACAUGUAAUUUAUUAAAAAAUAUAUAUGUACAGUUCAAACUGGAUAAUAUAAAUAAAUAAAAAUCA